UAAUCAGGAAGUAGACACGCACUGUAAUGGCAAAUAGAUAGUAGUUCAACCGCAGUGCGAAAUAAAUUUAGUGUCACCUAAACUGAUAAAAUUCGUGGUUACUUGAAAUUAUUCAAGCGGAAUGUCAUGCCCAUUCAAUCACUCUGCGGAGCUGAACCCCGCAGUGCUGCCGCUGGACUGGCUACUGGGAACCUGGCAGUCCGAUGAGCCAGGAGAGGGAUCCUUCCCCUCCAUCACGCCUUUUCGCUACACAGAGAGUCUUCAUUUCUCACAUGUAGGACAGCCCGUGAUCAAUUUUAUGUUUAAUGCAUUUCACGCUGAGAGCAAAAAGCCACUUCACAGGGAGUGUGGAUUCAUCAGGAUUCAGCCAGGCACCAACAGGGUGGCCUUUAUCAUCGCACAGAACUCAGGUCUUGUGGAGAUUGAGGAGGGGGAACUCACUGGACAGCAGCUGACUCUGCACAGUACUGCCCUGGCUAGAACAUCUUUUGCCAAGCAGCCUUACGUUCAACAGAUCUCCAGGCACAUCCAGUUGAAGCCGGAUGGAAGGCUGGAACAGACGAUCUCUAUGGCACUGGAAGGACAGCCUCUGACGCAGCAUUUGCACAUCACUUACCACAGGACUGAUUAACUGGCUGUCAUGUGGGAGGAAGAUGUGUUGGUAAAAAGCACUUGUACUAAUGUCCUCAUCUGACACAAAAUAUUGAUGGUUUAUAUAUAGCAACCUGUGGGUGAUGGUAAUAUAUCUGUGAGUAAGAAUGUUAUCUAAAGUAAUAGAUGUGGCCUGUCUUCCCAACAAAACAAGCUUUGCAAAUAUUGUUACAAUAUAUAAAUGGGUCAUUUUGUAUAAUGUAGAGCAACUACAAUAAAAAUGUGAAAUUGUUCAUGGCAAACUCUGUCUUUGAAGAAAAUGCUGUUCAUUUUCUUAAAUCCGUUUUCUUGCGAUUAAGUUUGCAAAUUAAAUUAUAAUUGAAAUACCACCAGAUUAUUUGUUUUCUCCAAUCACAACUCAAGAAGCUUUUAGUGUUUAUGUUUAAUGGCAUUUCAUUGGGUAUACAUUAAUUCACUAAUAGAAACAAAGCUCCCUA